CUGGUAUAGCCCUGCGUCUGUGUCCUGUGCACGCGGCACGUGACGGGAAAUGCGUCAUCAACACGGCAUGUGGGGGGUGUUGUGUGCCUCCCAACAAUUGUGACCCCGAGACAAUGACUCACAUCUCCGAGGCGCACAAAUGUGCAUAGAGGAGCAUACCACCUCCUUCAGGCCCUAAGGGGCACUUUUCUGUCUUAUGUAGCAGAGAUGCAUGAGAGGAGGAGUCAUGCAGACAGAGUGUGAUGUACAGUAUAUGAGGGAUGUUUUAGUGACAGUUGUCAUAUGUUCAUGUCUAUACCAGUGGUUCCUUGUGUAAAACAUUGCUAUGCUGUCUCUUCUGUUUCUAGUUUUAAUGUUCGCAGGUGACAGUUUACAAGAUGACAUUACUCCAGCUUCUAAAGAACACAUCAUCGCCUUAAAGGGAGAAACAGUUUCUCUCUCCUGCACAUACAAAGUUGAUGUACAAAAUCUGCAGUGGUAUCGCCAGAAUCCAGGAUCUAAACCAGAAUUCAUCAUCAUGUUGUUUGAAUCCAACAGUGAUCCAGUGAAAUCAACUCCUCCUCAUCCUCGUGCCUCUGGAGAAUCUGUUGGAAAUGCCAUAACAUCAUCGCAUUCUUCACUGGUCGUCAUUGAGGGAGGGAAUGCCACUUUCUCCUGUAACUACAGCAGCAGUACCAGUGGCAAUAGUUUACAGUGGUAUUGGCAGUACCCCAACUCCAUCCCAGAGUUCCUCUACCUCAUAUAUGAGCAUGGUUCCCCUUCAGGCUCAGUUCCCCGUCUGACUCCCUCCAUAAAGACAGAGGAAAAGCGCGUGUUUCUGGAGCUCUCCUCUGCAGAGACGUCUGACUCUGCUGUGUACUACUGCGCCCUGGUGCCCACAGUGACAGGAACUCAGACUCUGCUGUACAAAAACCUCUCAGAUGGAGAGAAAUUUAACAAAGAUCUAUCUGUUGGAAAUGUCCAUUCCAGUAAUGGCAAACACAAUUAUCCCCAUUCUGUAAUAAUGUGACCUAAAUGAUAUCAUAUUAGAUACCAGCCACAGAAGCAGUGGCAUGCAUAUUACUUAUGAAGGAUAUGCAUCUAGAAAAGUAUGCAUUGUCAUUAUUUCGGUCGCCCGGUCGGGCCGCUUCGCACUCUACAACAUACGAAAAAUCAGGACUUACUUGAAUUACUUUACCCAACUCCUAGUACAGGCAAUAGUCAUCUCACGACUUAGCUACUGUAAUGCCCUCCUGACAGGUCUCCCAGCCUGCACAGUGAAACCACUUCAGAUGAUCCAGAACGCGGUGGCGGGCCUGGUCUAAAAGCAACCCAAAAGGGCACGUCACCCCGCUGCUCAUCCAGCUACACUGGCUACCUAUGGCCACCCGCAUCAAAUUCAAGUAUCUAACGCUUGCCUACAAAGUACAGUAGUCUCCGAUUCUGCUCCCACCAACUUUAAUGCCCUCAUACAGACAUUAUGCUACUUCCCGACCGUUGCGCUCCUCAGACGAACAACGUCUAGCUCUGCCACCAGUGCGCUCAAGCCAAUCCAAACAGUCAAUCCAAAAGUUGCACUCACUGAUAUUAAAUUGUCCUAUAAUUGUUCAGAGAAUUGCUUUAAAAAGCUUAAACUGUUUACCAUGUUGUUAGUCGCUUUGGAUAAAAAUGCAUCAGCCAAAUGUAAUGUACAGUAAUAUGUCCUCACAGGUAAAAUCCCUUUGUUCAGUUACAACUUAACAAUCAUUACCUUUACAAUCAAUUAAAGUUGUUGCCAAACAGUGAUGAAGGAACACUGAUGAUGGGCUAAAUUACUCUGUUGUUCCUGAAGGAGGCACUGAUGUUUCAGAUCUUAAAACUGAAAAGGCUGUAGCAGAUGUGUCACUCUUACCUGACUUUCUUUAGUGUCAAGGAGAGGUAACAAACAGAUGCUUGUCUGGGAGAAGCAGCUAAACAAUGGAAUUCAUCUGUGUUACAAUGAUUUUGUUCCUGUUUAUAGAUGACACCAAAGAGGAUAUCAUAGCAUCUCUAGAUUCCACUAAGAAUGUUCUGGAGGAUGCCAGUGUCACAUUCUCCUGCAAGUACACUGUAGAUAUUAACUCUGUACACUGGUACCGUC